AUGAAGAAAAUAGAAGAUCAACCAUAUGAUUUUAUCUUAUGUAUUCAAAAAUUAUUAUCAUCUAUAUCAACUUUACGUAAAUAUCUAUUAAAUCUUAAUGAUAUAGAACAAAAUACAUCAAUACAAAUUAAAAAACUUAAAGCUAUAAAAGAUACUAUUAUCAGUCUUACACCAGCUAUUGAGACAGCAAGUCAAUUGCAUCCAACAUCAACGCUUGUCAAACAUUUGUCUAACGAAUAUUUACGUUUGUAUAAUGAUUAUAAAAAACAUUAUAGUCUUACAAUGGUUAAUACGGUUAUUUUUAAAGAAUACAAACAAUCAAUAGAAGAUUUAUCUGUUUGGUUAACAUCAACAAAUACUAAUCUUCAACAAGUUUUACAAUCAGUCAAUAAACAACAAACAUUAUCUAUUAUUAAAAAUCUUGAUGAAUUAAACAAGUAUAAAUUAUUGUUAGAACGUGCUACAAUACUCUAUCAAACAAUGGCUGUAGAUUUACCAGACAUACAAGCACAAGAGAUGAUGAAUGAAAUUAUUCAUAUCAAAGAACAAUGGCAAAUACUUAUUGACAGAUUAAAUAUAUUUAAUGAAAGAAAUUCAUCAUCCGAAUCAGUUAAUUUAAUGAAUCCUCACGUUUCGAAUUAUUUAACAAAAGAAAAUCAAAUUUUAGUUCAAUCUAUUGAAAAUUUGUUAGCAUUAGGCACACAAUUAAUUAAUCAACAAGAAAAAAUCAAAGUUAAUACUUUAUCUGAUAAUAAUCAAUUUCUUUCUCAAAUUAAAGAAUGUGAAGCAGAAAUAAAUCGUGUAAAAAAUUUACUUGAUAAUACAACAACAACAACAGAAGAAAUUAAUCAUUCAUUAAUUGAACAAUUAACAACACUUGCUACAUCAAUUACAACAAUUCAUAUUCAAUUGGAAAAUUAUACUGAACAACAAUGUAGAUUUCUUUUAGAAUUAGAUUCAUUUAUUGACUGGUUGAAAAAAUUUACAGAUGAAUCUAAAACAAUGGAUAAUCAAACAAUUCAAUUAGUUUUAAAUGAACGACAGAAAUAUUUUGAUGAAUUAAUUAAAUAUAAUCAACAAAAUGAUUUUGAAAUAAAAGAAAAAAUUCAAUAUUUAAUUCAUAUGUGGACUAAAUUAUCAUCAAUGAUCACUGACUCUUCGAAUAUAGUGACUACGCAAUUGCCUUCGGCAAUACCAUUGUUAUCAUCAUCAUCAUCAUGUGCAAUUGAAAAUCAACAUAAUUUACUUGAACAAGCACAAAAUUUAUUAAAUACUAUUGUACAAUUAGGAAAUCGUCAAGAAAUUGAACAACAUAAACAUAACAUUCAAUCUUUUUUAACACAUUAUAAAGAUUUACAAGUAUCUGAUUUGAACUCAAUUCUAUCUGAUGCAACAUAUAAUGAACUUGCCAAUCGGCAAUUAAUACUGCAACAAAUGUUAAUCGAUACAUCUCAUAUAGAUCAUCUUCGUAUAAAUUUUGUUACUCAUUUUCAUACAGAAAAUAAUGCUAUAACAGCUACUAAUGAAAUAAUAACAUUAAUUGAUAAAUAUCCAAAAGAAAUGACAAGUCAAAUUCGUCAAUGGUUAAAUGAACAACAAAGAAAUCAUAUUGUAGUACCAUUAACAAAUGAUGAUAUAUUGAAAAAUAUUGAUGAUUUUGAAAAAUAUCUAAACGAAUUAGAAGAAAAUUUUCUUCAAUAUCAACAAAAUGAAAAUAAUCAAAUGAAAUUAAAGAAACUUAUUCAACAAAUAGAAAAUCGACCAAAUCUAUCAGAUAAUUUAAUUAAUGAUAAUAAACAACGUAUAGAAUAUUUACAAAAACGUUUUGUUAAAAUAAAAAAACAAAUUGAUGAUAUUCGAAAAAAUAAUCAACUAAUAAAAACAAAUAUUGAUCAUACUAUUAAUAAUAUUGAUAUAUUAAUAAAAAAUAUACGAAAUAUAGAAGAACAAAUUCAAAAUAAUGUUAAACAACCUAUGCAUGAUUAUGAAAAACUUAUUCUUGAUUGUCAGCGUAUUAUCUCUGAACUUAAUCAAAAUCUUCGUACACAAGUUGAAGAAGCAAUUAAUAGUGGCAAACGUUUAUAUACAUCAAAUAAUAAAGAUUCUCAUAAUGUUGAAAGUACUGACGAUACAGGUGGUAGCUCAUUACCUUCAUCACCAAUAAAAAAACCAUCCGAUUUAACAUUACGUAAGGUUCGUCGACAUGUUCUUCAAUUAACACAACAUUGGAAAAAUGCUAAUAAUAAUAUUCAAUAUCGUUUAAAUGUAUUAAAACGUGCUCAAACGGCGGUCGAAGAAUUACGUCGCAAGUGUGAUCGGUUGCAUGCACACUUGCUUGAAAUUGAACUUGCUUAUGCACAUAAACCACAAAUUAAAGCUUUAAACACCGAACAAGUGCCAGCCGAAAUUGAACAGGCUAAGCAUCUUUUGGCAACAUUAAUGUCAUGUAAAACUUCCAUUGAUGACAUUCAACAAUCAGCACAAACUGUCGAAACUGAAUAUGAUAUUCAUGUUACUAAUCGAGCUCAAGAACUUCAUCAAAGAUGGGAACAUUCAGUAACAUCAGUUUCACAACGAAUUCAAUCAUUACAAGAGUCAAUUAAAAAUACGACAAGUGAUAUUUAUUCAAGUUCAGUAGAAUAUCCAUGGCAACGUGCAAUAGCUUUAAAUAAAAUACCUUAUUAUAUAAAUCAUUCAGAUCAAACAACUUCUUGGGAUCAUCCAAAAAUGCAUGAAUUAAUGCAAUCAUUUGCAAAUUUUAAUGAUAUUCGAUUUUCUGCUUAUCGUACAGCAAUGAAACUUCGUACAUUACAAAAACGUCUUUGUCUUGAUUUAACAUUAUUAAAUAAUAUAAUAAGUGUAUUUGAUGAAAAUGAAAUAAUUGAUUCAUUAAAUAAAACAAUUGAUAUAAUAGAUGUACUUGAUUAUUUACAAAAAAUUUUCGAUAAAACAUCAAUUGAAUAUCCACAAUUAAUUAAUAUUAUAUGUACUGUAGAUUUAACAUUGAAUUGGUUAUUAAAUAUUUAUGAUACAAAUCGAACUGGUUCUAUUCGUUUAUUAUCAAUGAAAAUAGCAUUAGCUUUACUUUCACGAGGAAAUAUUGAAGAAAAAUAUCGAUAUAUAUUUUCUUUGGUAGCAUAUGAAAAGGAUGGUCAAAAUGUUCUCGAUCGACAUCGUUUAUCGAUUUUAUUUCAACAAGCUAUUGUUAUUCCAAAACAACUUGGUGAAGUUGCAGCAUUUGGUGGAUCAAGUGUUGAACCGAGUGUUCAAAGUUGUUUUGAAUAUGCACAUGAUCCCGAUGUAAUAACAGUUGAUGAUUUUCUUGAAUGGGUUAAACUUGAACCACAAUCACUUGUUUGGUUACCUGUAUUACAUCGUUUAGCAGCAAGUGAAAUAGCUAAACAUGAAGCACGUUGUAAUAUAUGUAAAAUAUAUCCUAUACUUGGAUUUCGUUAUCGUUCAUUAAGACAUUUUAAUUGUGAUAUAUGUCAAAAUUGUUUUUUUUCUGGUAAACAAACAAAAAUUUUUAAAAUGGUUGAUCCAUUACAAGAAUAUUAUACUGAAACAACAUCGUCAGAAGAUAUUCGAGAUUUUUUUCGUAUAUUUAAAAAUAAAUUAUGUACUAAACAUAGAAAAAAUCCUAAACUUGGUUAUUUACCAUUACCACAUGUUUUUGAUAAUACUUUAUCAACAAAUGAACAACAAAUUUUACCAUCACCAUUAUUACUUUCUUCAACAACUACACCUUCAAAACCUGACAUUGAAAUUAUACAACAAAUUUCUCCAUUGAUGGAAUCUGAUGAUGAACAUUCUAUCAUUGCACAACAUUGUAGAAACUUGAACAAUGCUUCAUAUAAAUCACCUAAUAUUGUUACUUAUACAUCAUCACCUUGUUCAAUUUCACUUGAUAAUGAUGAACGAGCUGAAUUAGAAGCUAUAAUUCGUGAUCUUGAAGAUGAAAAUCGUCUUUUACAAGAUGAAUAUGAACGUCUUUGUCAAGAACAUAGAGAAAAAUCUUUAAUUAUAAAUCAACAACAAGAACAAUUACAAUUAGAUAAUAAACAAUUAGAUAUUUAUAAUGAACGUAAUAUAUUACGUGAAGCUAAACAAUUAAGACAACAUAAAAUUAAAUUAGAACAACGAAUGAAAAUUCUUGAAGAACAUAAUAAACAAUUAGGAAAACAAUUAAAACGUUCAAAACAAUUAUUACACAAAGAAUCUCCUGUGCAUACUAUGCGUCGUUCAAAUGUUGAACGACAGCCAAAUUUAAUGACAAUCGAUAAUCUUUUUCAUAUGGCUGAUGAUAUUAAUCGUGCAAUUGGCGAUCUUGUUACUGUCAUAACCGAACCACAAUCAACUACAUCUUCAAAUUAUUAUCAACAAAUUGUAACUUAA